UUUCUAUUUGAAAAUCAGCUAGUUUAUUCAUUUAAUUUUUUUUAAGUUCCUGAAACAAAGUUAUUUGCAAUUUAUAUGUUUCUGGGCCUGAGUUUCCUGGAAUAGUAAAGUCAUGUUAACAGAAACAGUGGAAAAGAAAAUUCAUGUUAAUGUAUACGGUAAGCUGUGUGGGUGUAAGUAGUUUUGGUUCUCAAUAUCUAUCCUAGGACCUCGCAUAGUGCAUGGCACCUGAUGCUACUCAAUAACUGUCUGUUGCCUGUGUGUUAAUAGCUCACACUUACCCAGUGCUCACUGUGUGCCGGGCAGGAUGAUAAUAUUCUUCUUGCAGAAUCUCAUUUAAUCCUCAGGACAGUCUUUUAAGUAGCCACUGUUGUUAUCCCCACUACCUUACAGAUGAGGAAACCGAGGCUUACGUAUAUUUUCAUUCAUUUAUUCAACAAAUAUUUAUUCAGGACCUGCUAUGUGCUGGGUACUGGAGAUAUAGCAGGGUUUAAAGCACACCAAAUCCUUGCUCUCAUGGAAUCACCCUUCUGGGUAAUUUUCUAAAAUCACAAAAAUACUGGGUUGAGGGUAGCCCUUAAACCUAGGUGGUCUGAUUCCAGAACGUGCAAUCUUAACUGUUGUUUUAUUGGUAGAUGAAUGGAUUGAUGAGUGUGGUGAACAAAAAUUGUGACUAUCCAUUUCACAAACAGCUUCGUGGUUGCCCUUUAGCUCCAGCUUGGAUGGUUAGAUUGCCCUGUCUGAAGCUGGAUCUUUUUUUUUUUUUUUUUUGAGAUGGAGUCUCUUGCUCUGUCACCCAGGCUGGAGUGCAGUGGCGUGAUCUUGGCUCACUGCAACCUCUGCCUCCUGGGUUCAGGCGAUUGUCCUGCCUCAGCCUCCCGAGAGUUGGGACUAUAGGUGCACACUGCCACGCCCUGCUAAUUUUUUGUAUUUUAGUAAAGAUGGGGUUUCGCCAUGUUGCCCAAGUUGGUCUCGAACUCCUGAGCUCAGGCAAUUCGGCCUCCCAAAGUGCUGGGAUUACUGGCAUGAGCCACCGCGCCUGGCCAAGCUGGGUCUUUUGAAUGGCUAUGGAGUGUUCGGUGAGGCAACCCUAGGUGAUAUCAUAACACCUCUGUUUAUCCAGAAGACAAUUAGUAUAUAUGUUAUCUUGUUAGAAUCCAUGUGCCAAAAAUAGAAAUAGGAAAGGCAAAUAAGUAUAUAUCCCUAGAUUGUCAAAAUGGUGAUUGAGAAUUGCAUGAGAUACUGGUUUUCUGCCUACAGUCAUGUCAAAUGUGUUACAGUGAACAUGUGUCUGGGGGUUCAUGGAGUGAGGGUAGGGAUUAUGGAUCAGGGACAACAUUACUUCAAGAGCAAAGGUCAGAGACAUCAACAAUAGGCAUCACCAGUUUUACUAUCCUUUUCCAGAUAGUCCAUUGUUGCUUGCACCAAGUUGAGACUUUCUUUGCAACAAAGAAUGGGGGAAACAUUUAAAAGGUAAUAACUUUCCCUACAUGUGAUCCAGUUUUCUUUAAUGCCAUGCCACGUGCCAACGAAAGUCUCACAGAGCUUCUGUUUCAGUUCACAUACAUUUUAUCAUUUAUGGAGCUCCUUUUUCCUGGGGUCUGUUCUAGGAGUUUUGUACAUUUUAUCUCAUUUAAUUCUCACGUCAACCUUAUGAGGUAGGCAUUGUCAAUGUCACCAAUUUAGGGGGCAAAGCAGCUGAGGCUCAGCAACGUUAAGGUCCAAGGUCAUGAAGGUAAUCAGUCAUCUGCAGAAGCAAGAUUUUGACUCAGUUCUGUCUGAUGCUACUGUCGUUAUCCAUAAGCGAUGUAUAUUUUAGCUAGAAAACUGGAAUGGUUACUCAACUUCACAUUAAUUCUUUACUUUAUUGCUUCUAUAGAAGCUCUCUCCCCUCAGAGAGCAUCAGUGGUACAGGGUCUUGCUCAGGAAAUAUGUGUAAAAGAGGGAAGCUGCUGGACUUCGGAGAUCUGGGGUCCAGUGUAGGUUCUGUCACUGAGAUCUUCAAAGUCACGCAAACUCAAGUUUCCUCUUGUGGUUUUUUUCUUCCAUGGAGCAUAAUGGAAGUAAGACAUGAUGUCAGCAUGCAUGAACAACUGUUGGAACUCAGCGUGCUCACCUCAGCAUUAACAGAAAGUGCCUUUACAAAAACUUUGAAGACAUUAAACACAGGCCCCAGCUGGAUGUGGAAACGUGUAGGGAAGUACAUGCCAUUUGACAAGCACCUGGUGAAGAUGGCUGUGAACAGUCUUCAUCAGAUGGAUCUGUCUGUAGAAACUCUGUUCAGCUUCAUGCAGGAGCGCCAGAAAAGAUACGCCAAGUACGCCGAGCAGAUCCAGAAAGUGAACGAGAUGUCGGCCAUCCUCCGCCGCAUACAGAUGGGCAUCGACCAGACCGUGCCCCUGCUGGACAGGCUCAACAGCAUGCUGCCCGAGAGCGAGCGGCUGGAGCCCUUCAGCAUGAAGCCCGACCGCGAGCUCAGGCCGUAGCUGCCCCCGGCCUGCCCGGGGCUGGGAGCCCCAGACACCGACACCCUGAGGACGUUUGGAGCCAAGGUCGUAUCAUCUGACCAGGUCUGGAGGCUAGCGGGAGGCUCCCUGAAAGUGGGUGCGAAGGAGUCCGGCUCGCGUGAAAAUGUGACUUCGCCCAACUCUUUUCCUUGAUGCAGUUUCCCUAUGUGGAAGGAACCUAACCAGUUCUCGGUGAUAACUGAAGGUGGAACAUGUGAAUUAUUAGGAAUUCUUUGAAGAACUCUGCAUUGAGAAUUACUUGUAUUUAGUUUUUUUUUUAAUUGAGAGUAUAUAGUCCAGUCCAGGUACUGGAAUAAAAAUAUGGAGACAAGGGGAGGAAUAUUUUAAGAAGCUCCGUGUUCUCGAUGCCCUCAUGAAAUUUUCAGCAGGCUCUCUGGUUUAUGUGUGGUCAACUUGAAAAACUAAUUGAAUCUAGGUCUCUGUGUUGUUCCUGUUUCUACCCUGUUUCCGUCACACCAAGCCCUUAUCUGGGGCGCGUCUUCCUGCCCAGGUGGAACACUGGCGUUUUGUUGACUGUCAGGUUAUGGUGUCCCUUAGUCGUCAUCAGAAACUGAAGCCUCCCUUUCCACACCCUCAUCAGAUUCAUCUCCACUGAUAGCCGGUUUCUUUGAUGCAGACAUAGUUUAGCUUUCUCUGACUGCAGAGAUCUCUCAUUCCGCAGGCACUUCUUGAGCCCAUUUGAUGUGUCCAGUAUUGUGCCAGGGAUACAAAUAUGGCCAUAUAGCCUCGGGCCUUCAUUUCUGAAAAGAAAAAAACUCAAAAAGCUGCUGAAUUUCUCUGGGAGUUUAGGAAAGGAAGUUAUCUGAGUAACAACGAAAGUGCUUAGUGUCGUACUUUGCACAUCAUAGGUGUUCCAAUGGAAGCAAGGACUGGAGGCGCAAAGGAUAGAAUGUGGGGAGGGGACCUAGGCAGACGCCUUGAGACUAAAAGCCAGCGCUGAAGGGAGUCGCUGUCGCUGGGGCCGGGAUGGCAUGCAGGCGUUCCUGCAAGCGUCGGGAGGUGUGUUUUCAGAUGCCAGAAAGAGCCUUCAGUAGAUUCACAAGAUUAAAAUUGAUCCGCUUAAUUUAAUGUAUCCCAGCUAAACUUGAUCUGAUUCCAGUCUUGGUUUGGGACAGGGUCUUGCUCUGUUGCUCAGGCUGGAGUGCAGUGGCGCAGUCAUAGCGCGCUGCCUCCUCAAACUCCCGGGCUGCAGUGAUCCUCACGCCUCAGACUCCUGAGUAGCUGGGAUUACAGGUGUGUGCCACCAAAUCCAGCUAAUUUAAAAAAAAAAUUAAUUUUAUGUUUUCAAAUUUGAAAGAAUAGUACAAUGAAUAUUCAUAUUUCUUUCACCUAGAUUGACAAAAAGUGGUAUUUUUAAGACAUCACCAUCAUUGUCUUUCUUCUGGAGUAUACAGAACCCAGUUCUGAACACAGGGAUAUGUUUGUAGCUUCGAAGAAUGAAGGGCUGUUUACAGAGCUACAAAAAUAGCUCAGGUGCCGUUAUCCUCACUGCACUUAAUACAGGUGACGCAUGAAAGCACAGAGUGGGCGGCAGUUCAAGCUUGCGAGGGCCGAGCCUUUCCACUGCCGCAGCGGGUAGUGGUUGGCACAGGGCAGGAUGGCAGACCCAGCGCACAACAAACAAAUCCCGCAGUCAGCCAGCUCUCCAGCCAACUGUGUCUACUUCUAAAGUAGAAGUUAGACAAAACCUGGGGUUCACUUAGAUUGGGGUCCUGAGUAGGUAAGUGAUAGGCUACUUAUUACUGGGUGGAAGCAGAGAAGUAUGGCAGAAGAACAACAAUAGGCAAAUUCAAUACUUCUGGAAAGAAUUCUAGUUAGUUUAAUAUUUUGAUGGCGUGUUGUGGUUUUUGCAGUGUCAUGAACUUGGCUAAACUGAACUGUGUUCCCAGAAUUCCCUUCCUUGCUUGUUUCUCUGGUGAGGGUUGGCCACGAGAGAGAUUUGCAUGAGUUUGGGAAGUGGAAGUAGAGCAACAGCCAUGCGUAUUCACUGGAAGUCGAGGUAGGUCAGGCCCUGUUCCAUCGCGUGCACGUUACCAUGGAUCUCCUGCACCUGUGGUGUGGGCAGCCGCUGGGCCCACAGCUCCUCCCACUCCCGCAGAACUCUGCCUUUGGCUUUUCCAAAUCCUGGGCCAGGUAUGAGAGCCACCUUCUUGGUCUGCAGCCACAAGAAUGAAGGUCUGGGGAUGAGAGGCCAGCGCGGGCUCUGAUGAGAGACAGGUGCAGGUCCCGGCUUGUGGCUUGCAGGUCUCGGUUGUACUUGCUCUCCCUCACCUUCCUUUCCAACCACCUGGCCUAUGGUCGGGUGAAGAAGAAACAGCCGAACCGAGACUUUUACCAGCCCCUGUAAUUGCUUAGGUCAAACCCCUUUCACAAUCCUCUCUUUCUACAUCAUUCCUAGUGGUUCUUCUCUGAUGGAACCUCUGACUGGUAACAUGGCGUUACCAGUCCUUUCCCUCUCGUGUUUUGCUGUUUCCUGAUGGAACCUGGGAAUCGGAGUGAUUUGUAUUUCAAGAAGCAGUUAUGCUGGAUCUCUUUGUUGGUUAAUACCCCAUGACCUAUCUGGCUGUUACGGGAUAUUUCAGGGAUAGGAGCUGUGAAAGAGCCCUUGGCUGGACGUUUCUAGCCUUAAUCUUUGGCCAUUUCAUUUCCCUGAGCCUCAGUUUCCACCUUCCGACAGCGUGAGCUGGUCUGGGUGGGUUCUCAAGGCCCUUUCAGCUCGAAGAUUCCAAGUCUGUGAUUCCGAUACAUCUUGACUACAAUGAGCGUGUUUACCUGUGUCUCUGAGCAGUGGCCCUAGGCCUUGGUAGUGACUUUAAAUUCUGAGCUCCCAAGGUACGGCUGCUUUUCUUCCUUUUAAUUAUAAAUUAGCUGUUCAUUGGCUGCUUCUUUCUAGAGCCUGUUUUGCUUAUCUUGUGAUCUGUUCAUUUCUGUUGAUGAACACUGUCAAAUAGGCCUGUAUCUGCAAUCUCCUGGUUUCCCUGGUCAAAGUGGAAGGUUGGUAGAAACUGGCCUUCACUCGUUGUAUUAGGUGUAUAUAUAAAUUUAUAAUAAGUGGGCCGGGCGCGGUGGCUCACGCCUGUAAUCUCAGCACUUUGGGAGGCCAAAGCGGGCAGAUGACGAGGUCAGGAGAUCGAGACCAUCCUGGCUAACACGGUGAAAUCCCGUCUCUACUAAAAAUACAAAAAAUUAGCCAGGCAUGGUGGCGGGCACCUGUAGUCCCAGCUACUCGGGAGGCUGAGGCAGGAGAAUCGCCUGAACCCAGGAGGCAGAGGUUGCAGUGAGCCUAGAUCGUGCCACUGCACUCCAGCCUGGGCAACAGAGUGAGAUGCCAUCUCAAAAAAAACCCCAAAUAUAUAUAUAUAUAUAUAUAUAUAUAUAUAAAACGAAUUGUGGAGUUAAGAGCAAGUGAUAGUGUAGCCUUUACAGAUUUCAUGUCUUUGUUUCCCUCAAAGUUUUAUUCUUAGUAACUCUAUAUAUAGUUUUAUAGACUACAUAUAUAGUCUCCUGUGUCUUAGAUAACAUCCUUAAAAUAUGAAAUAUAUUUUGAAUCUAGAUACCUACCCAGUGUUGUCUGCACAGAGUAAAUAUUUCAUUAAAUGAGUUUCAAGGACUCCAUAUCCCGAUAUAGGAGUACAUUCAAGAAAUGAGUUUAGGCCGGGCGUGGUGGCUCACACCUAUAAUCCCAGCACUUUGGGAGGCCGAGAUGAGUGGAUCACCUGAGGUCAGGAGUUCCAGACCAGCCUGACCAACAUGGUGAAAACCCAUCUCUACUAAAAAAAAUACAAAAAUUACCCAGGCAUGGUGGCUGGUGCCUGUAAUCCCCGCUACUUGAGAGGCCAAGGCGGGAGAAUCGCUUGAACCUGGGAGGUGGAGGUUGCAGUGAGCCAAGAUCGUGCCAUUGCACUCCAGCCUGGGCAACAAGAGUGAAACUCCGUUUAGAAAUCAGUUUAGUUUGGGAGAAUCUGCUUUUUGAGUAAAAAAGUUUGAUUUUGUGUAUGUGUGCGUCUGUAUAUAUGUUUCUGUAUGCUGAGUAUUUCUUUGCGGCUUCUUCAGAGUUAUGAAAGAGGUUGGGAAUGUUACCCGUACAUUAUAGGUAUUACAAACUCGGUUUUACAAGGUUGCAUAAACUAAUGGCCCUGGGGCGACUGACAUGUGCCACUUUUGUGUUGAUUUGUAGAACUUACUUAGCUUUGGCAUUUCCCCUAGUAAGUCCCAAGGCAAAACCAGGAAUUGUCAGAGACGUGACCAAACAUGUAUUAAAAUUCUAGUGUAACUGGGAA